CGCCGAGCCGACUGUUUUCGAUUUACGCGGCGGGGCGGAGCUGUUUGUUCCGGUGGGAUGCAGCCUUCAGGUCCGAGCUUCAAGUAGCGGUGUCUACGCAGUCUGAUGCUUUAAUCUUCAUUUUGCUGGGCAGAAAGCCAAAAUACCGGGCUACCUGGUUCAGGGCCUGACGCUUAGCCAACCUACUGCCUUGGAGCUUCAGAGCCAUGGCAACGAAGGAGUCAGAUACCGAAGCAGAGUCAGCCCUCACCUCAUCAGCCAGUCGCAGCAAACAAGAGUCUGAAAACCCGAACUAUGCUCUCAGAUAUACUCUCGUGGGACAUACGGAAGCAGUGUCAUCGGUUAAAUUUAGUCCUAGUGGAGAAUGGCUAGCAAGUUCUUCUGCUGAUAAAGUAAUUAUAAUUUGGGGAGCCUAUGAUGGAAAAUAUGAGAAAACACUUUAUGGUCACAAUCUGGAAAUAUCAGAUGUUGAUUGGUCAUCAGAUUCCACUCGUCUUGUUUCUGCCUCAGAUGAUAAAACUCUAAAGAUUUGGGAUGUGAGAUCUGGGAAGUGCUUGAAAACUCUUAAGGGACACAAUAAUUAUGUGUUUUGCUGUAAUUUCAAUCCACCAUCCAACCUCGUAAUUUCAGGAUCUUUUGAUGAAAGUGUGAAAAUAUGGGAGGUGAAAACGGGAAAGUGUCUCAAGACUUUGUCUGCUCAUUCUGACCCAGUUUCCGCUGUUCAUUUUAAUUGUAAUGGGUCCUUGAUAGUGUCUGGUAGCUAUGAUGGUGUCUGUAGAAUCUGGGAUGCUGCAUCAGGUCAGUGUUUAAAAACUCUUGUUGAUGAUGAUAACCCACCUGUCUCUUUUGUAAAAUUUUCUCCAAAUGGUAAAUAUAUUCUCAUUGCAACUUUGGACAAUUCUCUUAAACUGUGGGAUUACAGUAGAGGUAGAUGCCUGAAGACAUACACUGGUCAUAGGAACGAGAAAUACUGCAUAUUUGCCAAUUUUUCAGUUACUGGUGGAAAGUGGAUUGUGUCUGGUUCAGAGGAUAACCUGGUUUAUAUUUGGAAUCUUCAGACUAAAGAGAUUGUACAGAAGUUACAAGGUCAUACAGAUGUUGUAAUCUCAACAGCUUGUCAUCCUACAGAAAACAUCAUUGCAUCAGCUGCAUUAGGAAAUGACAAGACAAUUAAACUGUGGAUAAGUAACUACUAAGCUCUUUAGAAAGCAAGUAGUAGAGCCAAGUUGGAUAAAAGAUACUUUAAAAGAUG